GGCCUGGACUGAGCAGUACCAAGCUAAUAAGGGCCAAGAUGUGACCCUCCAUUCCAUUCGGACCGGGUUUAGAGAGUUUGCGCGCGACAUGGUGACCCACGUCGAGACCGAAGUUAAGAGACUGAAGGAAGGCGUAGAUAAGUUAUGUUCAGGCGCCAUUGAAGGCGCCAAGGUAGUGGCCAUGGCAGAGGCCGAAGCGCGUCCCUGCAAAGAGCCUGUCAAGCUCAAGUUUCCUGACUCUUAUAGCGGGAAAAAGGACGAUAACUUUGAUAAUUGGGAGGCCAGCAUCAACACGUAUGUGUAUUUACAACAUAUUGCGUCAGAGGAACAAGUCCUCGUGGCAUUCCAUGCGGUGAAGGAUGAAGCGGCCAACUUUGCCAGGUCCCUUGCGCGCGCAGCCGAUUGUGAGCACAAUAUAGUUGCAUACUCUAAGCUCACCCCUCUUCCUACAUUCCUCAAACUCCUGCGGGAGAGGUUCGCUGACGUCACAAGGGGCGUCAGGGCCUCCGAUAAGCUGCAAACAAUCCACUCCAGGCAAUGGAAGAGUGCAAGAGCACUGAAGGCAGUGAUGGAUGACCUUGUAGCCAUCCCAGACCACGGGGUCACUGAGACCCAAUUGAUUAACUUAUUUUAUCGUGCCAUGCCAGAGCCCCUGCAAGGGCAUUUCUUUCAUAAGACCCAACAUGCCAAUAUUACGUAUGAUGCGUUAAGCAGAGAAGUGGUCCUGUUUGAGGCAAAGUCCAUGCGAGUUUCCACUUUCUGGCAUAAGGACUUAGACAAGGGAAAAAAGUGGAAGGGACGUACCAUCUCAGGUCAGGUUAGGGCCAAGGAUCACCUGAUCCUUACUUUAGAUGAGGGUGGUACGGACGAAGUCCCCUACAGUCAGAUUGAGUGGGGGCUAGCGGAGGAGCUGUUGUCGCGGCUGGAGGGAGGCCGCAAGGUAGAGGAGGCCAGGGCCAAGGGGGCCGGGCCAUGGGUGGUCGAGGUCCGGGUGCACAGGGGGUUGGCGGUCAAAGGAACCGUCAAGAGGGAGGUAGGGGUCAAGGUCCCCCGCCGAAUCGCUCAGGGCCUAGUCGAUCGCUGCAGCGCAGAGGUGGAAGGUCACCUCAGAGACGAGGAGGUUGGCACCCAGGUCUUGGAGAAGCUGAGAGAGGCCAACUUCAAGAUCAAUGCGAAGAAGUGCGAGUGGACACAAGUCUUGUACUUGGGCCACAUUUUAGACGGAGAUGGCAUUAAGCCAGAGGACAACAAAAUAGCGGCGAUUAGAGAUUGGCCGACACCCCGUACACUAACAGAGUUGCGGUCGUUCUUAGGUCUGGCUAACUACUAUAGGAAGUUCGUAAGGAACUUUUCGACCAUCGUCGCUCCCCUUCACCGGUUGCUAAAGAAAAAAACAAUCUGGCAAUGGGACAAAGAUUGUACGUCCGCGCUCACGAAGUUAAAGUGCGCGUUGAUAGAGUACCAUGUUCUCAAAGUAGCAAAUCCGUCUUUGCCAUUUGUUGUCACCAUGGACGCGAGUCAGUAUGGUAUAGGCGUCGUGUUACAGCAAGACGACGGCAAUGGCUACAGACCCGUAGAGUUCAUGUCAGCGAGGAUGCCCUCAGAGAAGGUAGCUACCUUGACUUACGAGAGAGAACUCUACGCUCUCAGGCAAGUCUUAGAACACUGGAAACAUUACCUGCUUAGGAGGCACUUCAAAGUGUAUUCAGACCAUGAGACUCUUAGGUGGCUGAAGACACAGGCCAAAAUGACACCUAAGUUGACUAGGUGGGCCGCUGAGAUAGACCAGUAUGACUUUGAGCUCAAACCGGUCAAGGGCAAGUACGAUGUGGUUGAGGAUGCUCUAAGUAGGAGAUCAUACUACUUUGGAGCUAUAGUCCACUAUCUGGAUGUAGGGACAGACCCGCAAGAGAAAGCAAGAAGGACGGGAAGUGUUCAAGCACUGGCGUCAGGGGGCAUGGAGGUUGCCCAGGUCGUCGGAGCCACAGGGCCACGGAAAAGAUUAGCGAAGGGGUAAGCAGCAGAAGGCCGCAAGAAAAUAGUAAGGAUGGCCCUUCUCCCCCGACAAGGAGAAGGACCACCGAAAAAAGUAGUGUCGUAAGAUGUAUACCACAGGGAGAAAAGAAAUCAAGAAAACUGAGAAGA